CCACUGAAGAUCCUGGUGUCGCCAUGGGCCGCCGCCCCGCCCGGUGUUACCGGUAUUGUAAGAACAAGCCGUAUCCAAAGUCUCGCUUCUGCAGAGGUGUCCCUGAUGCCAAGAUCCGCAUCUUUGACCUGGGGCGGAAGAAGGCAAAAGUGGAUGAGUUCCCGCUAUGUGGCCACAUGGUGUCAGAUGAAUAUGAGCAGCUCUCCUCUGAAGCCCUGGAGGCUGCCCGUAUUUGUGCCAACAAGUACAUGGUGAAAAGCUGUGGCAAAGAUGGUUUUCACAUCCGAGUGCGGCUCCAUCCCUUCCAUGUCAUCCGUAUCAACAAGAUGUUGUCCUGUGCUGGAGCUGACAGGCUGCAGACAGGUAUGCGGGGUGCCUUUGGAAAGCCCCAGGGCACAGUAGCCAGGGUCCACAUUGGCCAAGUCAUCAUGUCCAUCCGUACCAAGCUGCAGAACAAGGAGCAUGUGAUUGAGGCCCUACGCAGGGCCAAGUUCAAGUUCCCUGGCCGCCAGAAGAUCCACAUUUCCAAGAAGUGGGGCUUUACUAAGUUUAAUGCGGACGAAUUUGAAGACAUGGUGGCUGAAAAACGGCUUAUCCCAGAUGGCUGUGGAGUCAAAUACAUCCCUAAUCGUGGCCCCUUGGACAAAUGGAGGGCUCUGCACUCAUGAGA